AUGGUCGAAACAAAACCCUUUGGAUCUUGGGAAUCACCCAUUACAGCCGAAUCACUUUCUGCAGGCUAUUCAGCCACUGAUAUCUGUAUUGAUGGUGGUUAUGUCUACUGGAACGAGAUUGUCCCAGCCGAAGAAGGACGCGGUCAGAUCUUUAUGAAAUCUCUUGUCAAUGACGAACCUGCCAAACCACUCUUACCUCUUGGCUUCAACUGCCGUACACGCGUGCAUGAGUAUGGAGGAGGCAGUUUCAAGGUCAGAAAUGGUCUCUUGAUAUUUUCAAAUAAUAAGGACUCGCGUCUGUACAAGAUCCAGAUGGAUGAACCCGAGAAUAUUCAGCCGUUGACAAAGGAUAACACACUCUACAGAUAUGCAGAUAUAGACAUUCACCAAGGUAUGAAGUUCCUUGUGUGUGUACGUGAAGAGCAUUUCGAAAAGGAGGAGCCUAAGGAUGUGGUCAACACGCUGGUCACAAUUGACCUCACGACCGGACAUGAGACCGUGUUAGCAGAAGGAGCUGACUUUUAUGGUUGUCCUCGCUUGCAUGAUGACUCAUUGGCUUAUAUCGCUUGGGAUCAUCCCAACAUGCCUUGGGAUUUCACUCGUUUGUACUUUGCCACGGUUGAGUAUAAGGAUGAAGCUCUUGAUGUUAGGUCAAUCAAGUGUAUUGCUGGUGAGGACAUUAACGAAUCUAUCACGGAAUUGAACUUUGGUGUCGAUGGUAAACUUUAUUUUGCUUCCGACCGCACAGGUUUCUGGAACCUCUACUCUUACACCACCUAUGAGCCCAUUCAACUCUUGUUCAAACAACCUCUCCAACAAGAAUUUGCGGGUCCUGCUUGGACAUUCAAUAAUUCGAGCUAUGCCCCUUUCCAAACUGACGCAACCAGAGUUGUGUGUAUUAACAAGGAUCGUCUGGCGAUUUUGGACAUUGAACAAAAGACUCUGAAUGAUAUCCCCUUGGAGAACUAUGAGCACUUUUCUCAGGUCCGUACCUGCAUCCACAAUGGCAGGGAAAUCGUGGUUGUCAACGCAUCUUCCCCUACCCAACCCACUCAGUUACUAGCUCUUGAUCCAGACACAGCUUAUGUCCUGUCGACCUUGAAGGGCCCCAUAUCCGAGCCAUUGGACGAUGCCUACAUCUCGAUCGGCAAAGAAAUCGCGUUCCCCACUACCGAUGGCAAGACUGCCUACGCUUACUUUUACGGGCCCAAGAACCCCAAGUACCAAGGUGAAGGUUUACCCCCUCUUCGUGUAGUCUCUCAUGGCGGGCCUACCAGUCAGACUACAAACGCGUUCAACCGAAGUUACCAAUACUGGACUAGUCGUGGUUUCGCCCUCGUCGAUGUCAAUUACGGUGGCAGCACAGGGUAUGGACGUGAGUACCGUAACCGUUUGCAGAAGAAGUGGGGUAUUGUCGAUGUCGAUGACUGCUGUAACGCUGCUCUCUAUCUUGCCGAUCAAGGCCUCGUCGAUCGCAACAAGCUCUCUAUUGUCGGUGGCAGUGCAGGCGGCUUCACCACCUUGGCCUCUCUUGCCUUCCGUGACGUGUUCAAGGCCGGUUGCUGCAAGUACGGUAUCUCAGAUAUAACCUUGCUCGCCAAGGAAACACACAAGUUUGAAUCAAGAUAUCCUGAUCGAUUGAUCGGUGAAUAUCCCAAGGACGAAGAUAUCUACAGAGAACGUUCCCCCUUGUUCAGUGCAGACAAGAUCGAUUGUCCCGUCAUCUUCUUCCAGGGAUCUGAAGAUAAGGUCGUACCUCCUUCUCAGUCCGAAAUUAUGGUCAAAACACUCAAAGAGAAAGGCCUGCCUGUGGCCUAUGUUCUUUAUGAAAAAGAAGCUCAUGGCUUCCGUCGUGCAGAAAAUAUCAAGCGAACAAUAGAGCUAGAACAAUGGUUCUAUGGUCAAAUCUUUGGGUUCUCUGUAGAAGGAAUUGAAGGAGUCGAGAUUUAUAAUUAUCCCAAGAAACAAUAA